UGAGGAGGGAGCAGAAACCUGCCCGCAGCUAAAACUCGCGCUUCAGCCCGAUGAGGCCGACAAGUACGGGGUCUUCCUUAGGCUGUGGGGGUUGACUGGCAGCUGUUGCCCAAAGACUCGUCAAUCCAAGGACGCUUUCGCCCCGGACGCCCCCAGGUCUUGGGCAUAGUCAGCUACGGAGAUAUUUGGGCUGGAAGCUUCAAGGGCCUCUGAGAUCUCAUCCAGCAACCGCGGCAUUCUGUCUAAGCACUAUGUCCUCGGUAGAAAAGGGAUCGAUGGUGUUCUGCAUGAGGGUUUUCAGGGAAGAUGCUCCUCACGGUCCCGCGCCUCCUGGGGAAGACAACUGAGCGCCGAGAGGUUGGCUCGGCGGGGCCGGAGCCGCCGCAGCCUGCCUGACGAAUGCGGUGGGAUGCCUGCUGGGCCGACUGCCGCCCCGACCCGGAGCCCUGGGUUCACUUCGCAGCCUGCCGCUGAGUUUCAGACCGCAGUACUCAGCAUCCGCCCGGCUUUGCCCCCUUGCCGAAGUCUGCAGAUCGAUAGACGCUGGGCGUAGGCUUUUCCCCAGGCUAAAGCCCCAAAGCUCCCACCUUCGCCUUCUAUUUGUUUGCCCGCUCCCACCACGACCAUCGAAGUACGUGCCCCUCUGGUAGUGUUGGCGCUGCCACCCGAGCGAGGGAAAGGGCGCCUCCCCAUCCCCUCCUCCCCAUCCCCGCCGCGAUUCGGGGUUUUCCUGCGGCAGCCGGAGGUGACAGUGACGCCUGAGCCUCCUCCGUUGCUCUCAGAGCCCCAGCUUCCCCAGCCUCCGGAAAGCGCCUCCUUCUGAGAGGCUGGUCCCUGGAGAAGUGCUAACGUGCUGCAGGAAACCAAAUUUAAAAAUGUAGAAGUCGCUGGGCUGCAUUCCUCCGAGGACGAGCCUGAUCGCCCGGGACCGAGAGCGGCAGCGUGUGGGAAGUUGGGACCACAGAGCAAGGGGGGAGGGGAGCGGUGCAGCCGGCAUUCCCUUCUGAAAGGAGUCGUGGGGAGCCGUGACCGGGUGGACACAAGUGUGCCUGGGAGUGUUUUCCUUCCGUCAAUAAUUAAUCACCGGGAUCAGGCUGGCAGAAUUGGAGUUUUAGCAAUAGUGCAGAGGGCGGGGCCGAACACCUAACUCCUGGAGCUUUGAGGCGCCCAGCGCAGUAGGAAGCUCGCAGCAGUUGGGGAGGAGCCAAAGCGCUGUGCUCACCUAAGCCGCAGGAGACAUACCCAACCCAACCGGGAGAUGAAGAAACUGCAACCCAGAGAGGAGAAGUAAUAUACACAGAAUCACUCCUCAGGGGAAGCAAGGACAAGAACCCAGACCUGGACUCUCCUAGGACAGACUUGCUGCAGCUUGAAGGAACCAGCCAUGGAUUUCAAGCGUGUGAAGGACUAUUUAUCCUGGCUCUACUAUCAAUAUCAAAUCAUUAGCUGCUGUGCUGUCUUGGAGCCUUGGGAGCAAUCUAUGUUCAAUACCAUCCUACUAACCAUCUUUGCUAUGGUGGUGUACACCGCCUAUGUUUUUAUCCCCAUCCACAUUCGUCUGGCUUGGGAAUUUUUCUCCAAAAUGUGUGGCUAUCACAGUACAAUUUCUAAAUGAUCUUUUCUGCAUUCUGCGAACUGGCAUUGCAUAUGUGUAUGUUGCUUCCAACGCGUUGAUUUAGGUGAAUACUGUGGCUUCUUUCACUAUCUAACCGGGAAAGCUCUCCCCUCUCUAUGCAGUCUUAGAUCCUGCCUGAAAUUUGAGAUAGAUGUCUCUUUAGGUUCUUUUGUACACGCUAUGUUGUGCAUUAGACCAUGGAUAACACAAUGACCUUACGUCACAUACCAUAUUCUCUCAACUUAAAUCUAUAAGUUUAGAUUUUGUUUUUAAUUGGUAAAUUGCCUAUAAGCUUUUUCUGGAAGAUAGGCUCAUAAGAGACCUAUCAGAGUCAUAUUUAAAAUGCUCCCUUGAUACCUAUUCUAUAGUGAAAGAUAUAUUUUUAAAAAAUUUGUUCAUAAGCUACUGUCAAAGUAUCCUAUCUUUGUUUACAAUAUACGAAAAGACCUGAAUAAAUUAUAUAGACCCCUAAAGUCUUAUUUUCUAGGAACCUGCUGAUUCUAAAAUUCUUUUCCUUCAAGUGCAAAAGAAUUGAAGGCAUUGGUUGAAGGCAAUUAACUCCAAUCAGACAUGGUUCAUGAAUUGUUUCAAAUGCCUCUAAAAGUCUGGCUUUAUAACAGUUCAAAAUCAACAGUGUUGAUUUUAGAUAACCCAGUAAGUACUAUAAUACAAAAUAAUUUUAAGCAUAAGAAAAAAUAUAUAAUCAAAAUAAAUUCAGAUAUUGUGAUUGUGAUGCUGCCUUGCCUUGCAUGAUGCUGGGGGGAAAGAGACAAGAAAUUGCCUCCUUUUUGAGCUUUCACUCAGUGGAGAGGGGGGUAGGGAUCAUAUAUUGGGCUACAGGAAGAAAAGCUAAUAAAUAGGCUGGAAGUAAUAUUCUACCAGCAGGAACUCGACAGCUUCAGUUAAAUGCUUUGAUAUAGUGGCUCCUUUGUAGAGCAAAAACAAGAUUUAUUAAAUUUCCUUCAAAGUGUUUAUCUUAGAAACCAAUACAAGUUUUUAAUUAUACUGUUGAGUCAAAUGUGAAUGCCAAAGAACAAACCUUGCAGUUUUCCUUUCCUCUCAAUAAAUAUUAAUGUUAGUAAUUCUGGAGGGUAAAAGAUAUAAAUAGUUUUUGGAUAAUAUUUGCACCCUUCUUUGUGUUAUGAAAGAAAAUUUCAAGGAGAGCUAGAGAGAAAGAUGCUUGGCAUGCCAAAUUACCUUGCAUGUUUGUUAAAAAACAAAAACGUGUUUUGAAGAUAAACCAGAUCUGAACAUGUAUUUGUUGAUUUUUGCAAAAUAAAAUUAGGUUUAAUUUUAUAAAUAAAAUAUUCACCUCCAGAUUUGCUUUUUCCUCCUACUGCACUCAAUAUCUAGAUGCUUACAUCCAUACUUCUCUGCAAACAUCAUUUCUUACUAAUCCAAGGUAGCAACUGAUCUUAAGAUGGUAGGGUAAGACUACAUUUAUCAAGAGUCUUCUACAUGGUGGACAUGCUUUACAUGUUCAAAUAGGUAUUAAGGUCUCCCAGUUACAGAUAAGGAACCUAGAACUUAGAAAAAGUACAUUUCUUGUUCAAGGUCCCUUAACUACUAGUGGCAAAGCCGGGAAGCAAAUCCAGGUCAGGACCAUACUGGGCCCUGAAAUAUUUGCCACAUAGAAGCCCAGGGGAGGACAAUGUGAGCAAAUGAAAGUUAAUUGUCUGAGGGCCCCUCACAUGCUAGAAAGCAGAAUGUCAUCAAUAAAAGGGGUGAGGGGCUGGGGAUAUAGCCAAGAUCAGAACAACAGCGAGCCCAGAUCUCAGCUCUGCCUCUGCUGCUUCUGUAGUGCUGUUUCCCAUUUCUGUGUUGUCCAGGCCCAUGGGCCCAUUUUAUAAGAACGCUUUCACUUUUAAAUAUUUCACAGAGGAUUCUCAGUUAAGCAUGAACUUGGACGCAUUCCCAGUUCGCAAUGAUUCAACACCCUUAUAUACAUGGACCCCUGCUAAGUACUCUUGGAAUUCAAUCACUGACCUUCUUAAAUGCAUUGACCUUCUUAAAAUCCUCCUUCUAAAAAUAAGAAUUAAAAUAAAUGUGAAUAGACACAGUAAAGCUUAAUAAAGGAUAUUGCAAAGCACUGCCCCAGGAUGUCACUUCAAAGGUAAGCAUUUCCUCUGAGCAAUCAAAAUAAUAAAUGCAGGGUCCAAAAAAUAUAAUCGACCGUAGUUGGAAAAAAAACUAUCUGCAUGCAGGAAGAAGAAAGCUCUACGUGCUCUUCUCUGUCAAUUUUGCAGACUAGACAGAGACGCACUUUACCUUGACCAUAGUUAGCCUAGAUAAG